AUGGAGAACCUGUCAAUACAAGACCUGGCGCCAGCAGGAGGCCCGAAUCAUGUGGCUCCGCCUCCAGGAGGACUUCCGCAACUUCCACCACAGAUGUUUACCACCGCCGCCCAACUUUUGGAUCUGACAGAUAAGAAGCUAGUUUUGGUUCUUCGAGAUGGACGAAAGCUCAUCGGAGUGCUGAGAAGCUGGGAUCAAUUUGCCAAUCUAGUCCUGCAGGAUACGAUGGAGCGCAUCUUCGUCCAGGAAGUUUACGCUGAUAUUGUACGCGGCAUAUUCCUGGUUCGAGGCGAGAAUGUCCUGCUUCUUGGUGAAAUUGAUCUUGACAAGGACGAUUAUAUACCUGAGCCUUAUCGCAAAGUAUCUCCAGAGGAAGUGCACGCUCUGAGCGUCAAAGUGAACAAGGAAAAGAAACAGGCCGACAAGGUGCGCGCGAAGAAGUUGCAAAAGCUUGGAUUCGAGGUCGAACAUAGCGGGGAGAUUCUAUUUUAG